UCUAAGAGCUGUUGUCCAAAGUAGGAGUUGAAAUACUCAUUGCCUCUGUGUCACAUUCACUACAAAGGAAGCAGGAGAGGCAACAGAAAUGAGAAACAGGACAUUUCCAGUAAACAGCUCUGGUGGUUAUGUGGAAACUGAAUUGAAUCACAGGCAUAUGGGUUUGGAAUUAUGCUUUGAAAUACAGAAUUAGAGGCACCUGCCUCCCACCUAUACGAUAGUAUUUUUGGGCGUGGUUUUUAUAGGCCUAGCAUUCCAUUCUGUAGUGGUGCCAAAGAGCAUUAAGUCAUCAGACUUAUGUGAAGCACAUUUGAAUUUGGAAAAAUCAAGGACAAAAAAAUAACAACAUGGAUGCUCCUGAUGGGAAAUCUAUCAAGGAUGCUGAUGGUAGUUGGAAGUAACAUAAAUGAGAUUAUCUUCUCACAGACUCAAUAUUCAUUAAUGGAAAAGCAAAACUGAUGAAUGCAGGCUUGCUAUCAUGCAGUUUAAGUCUUUUCCAACAGAAUAGGAUGGUAAAAUGGGUGCCUCUCUCAUUGAGUUUGCAUUGAGAAAGGCAAAUAAAAAUUGUUUAACCCAGGCAUCUCUCACAAUUAAUUUUAGUUUCGGAGAGGAAAAACAAAGGGGAUCAGUGACAAUGUGAGAAUGCAAAUGUGUUACUGCACCUCUAACUAAUGCAGGUAUGUGUCCUUUUAUUCUGAGAUUAGCUCUUGUCAUCAUUUUUGAAACCCUGAGCUGCCUCUCAAUAGCCUGAUGGGUCUUGCCUCUGUGGAUUUUUAAUUCUAUUGUCUGCUCUUAGGAGAAGAAAGCAGAUAGAAGCUUAGAAACUGGAUGUCCCCCAUAUUUCCUGGUUCCUCAUUCUCCUCCAGGCAGAAAGAUGGUGGGGCUCUGUCUCCAGUGAAGAGGUAUUUUCAGAUACUGAGGUGUUGUCUGGGACAACUAGUCAGGGUUAGAAGGGAGAGGGCCAGGGGAUCCACACCCACUCUCUCUAGCUGGGUGUUGCUUUCCAGGCAAAACCACCUCGGUAGACCUCCCUUCCUUCCCUCUUUCCCUUCCAGUCUCCCUUCCCGUUUGCUGUCUAUUUCCUGACCCCUCAGUUUGGCCUUCCAUAGUAAGAGGUCAGUACGUUUUCACACUUGGGAAAUUUCAUUCAAGAAUUUUUAUCAAUGGACAAGUCACAAGAAACCCUUCCAUUUUAGGGCUCGUUGACGUCACCAAGGAGGCGAUAAAUAUCUGUUGAUAUAAUUGGAUGUGAGAUUCAGUGUUGAAAUAGCAAAAACUCUGUCCCUCGCUCCUUGGCAGGGCCCUAUGAUUUAUGCAGGAGCAGAGGCAGCACGCAAUCGAGCUGUCAAGAGAGCGUCAGCUUAUUAGGCAAAUGCUGCGUGCUUUCUGAAGAGGGUCGAUGCUAUAAAACCCCACUCCAGCCUCUGCUGUGGAGAAACCCAGAACCCAAGUCCACUGAGAGACGGAAGAGAAAGAGGAGAAAAGAAAAACAGAGAGGCGACAGAAAAGAGAAGGGAAGAAAACCUCCAGAACCAACCCCAGCGACGUCCCUCUGCAGAGAGGCGGCAGCGUCCCUCUCACCUGCGCAGCGCCGGGGAAGCGAGCGCUCCUAACAUGCGGCUGCCGCUGCUCGUAUCGGCGGGCGUCCUGCUGGUGGCCCUCCUGCCCUGCCCGCCCUGCAGGGCCCUCCUCCGCCGGGGGCCGGUUCCUGGCGUCCCGCAGGCCCCCCAGCCCUUGGAUUUCUUCCAGCCGCAGCCGCCGCCCUCGCAGCCCCAGCAGCCGCAGCCUCGGCCCAUCCUGCUCCGCAUGGGAGAGGAAUACUUCCUCCGCCUGGGGAACCUCGGCAGGAGCCCGGUGGCCGCACUCUCGCCCGCUUCCUCGCCCCUCGCCGGCGCGGGCAGCGGCGGCCGCCCCUUGCCAGACCAGGCAGCCGCCAACUUUUUCCGCGUGUUGCUGCAGCAGCUGCCGCUGUCCGGGCGCUCGCUCGACAGCCGCGCUGGCCCCUCGGAGCGCGGCGCCGAGAGCGCCCUCGGUGGCCACCAGGAGGCACCGGAGAGGGAGAGGCGGUCCGAGGAGCCCCCCAUCUCCCUGGAUCUCACCUUCCACCUUCUGCGGGAAGUCCUGGAAAUGGCCAGGGCCGAGCAGUUAGCGCAGCAAGCCCACAGCAACAGGAAACUGAUGGAGAUUAUUGGGAAAUGAAACGGCGCGUUUGGCCAAAAAGAGUCUCUGCAUUUAGCACACAAAAUAAUUUAAAAAAGUAUUCUGUACCAUAGCGCUGCUCUGAUAUCAUUUGUUUAUUUUUAUAUAGCUUGAAACAUAGAAGAUGUACAGGGAGAGAGUCUAUACCCCUUAAUUAGCAUGCACAAAAUUUAUUCACGUGCAGUUACAAACACAAUGUUUAUUUGUACUGAUUCCUUCUGGUUUCCAUUUCCAGCUGUCUUUGUAGUGGUGUUUUAAAGAGAAUGCAGACCCGAGAGGGAAGAAAGGUUUCCAAGCAGCAGAUAGAUAGAAAUCACCCAAUUGUUCUUUUUGUGGUUGGAGUCAAGCAGAAAGCCAGCUCCUGAGUGGGUGGGUAAGACGAAGCCUGUAAGCUCUUUGAGUCGACUUUCUCUUGUAAACGUUUCAGUAAUAAAACGUCUUUCCAAUCCUUGGUCACUUGGUUGUGUAAGAGAAUGUGGAAUAUUUAUAUUUUUAAUAAAAGCUGCAAAGGUU